AUGAGCUCGUCCUCUGCACCUCCCCGAAAACUGCGCCACAUCAAAGGGCUCUGGCUCGAGGACGGCAACAUCAUCCUCGUCGCCGCGGGUGCCAAGUACGGCUUUCGACUCUAUCGUGGUCUCCUCGCGUCCCAAUCAUCCAUAUUUUCCGACAUGUUCGCGGCUGCAACACCAAGCACAGAGGAAUCGCUCAACGGCUGCUCUGUAGUCCACCUCUCGGACUGUAUGGCCGACCUGGUCUACUUUCUUCGAGUGCUUCUCCCAGGACAACACCAACGGUACGCAUCCUUACUUCACGCGUCGCUCUGGCCACCAAACGCCUCCCCUGUUUUCCAGCUUCUACGACAGCAACAGUGUCAUCACGUUCGUGGAGUGCGCCGCGGUCGCCCGCCUCGCACACAAGCACGAUGUCGAAAACGCGCUCUCGACCUCCUCCGGGAGCACUUCACCUCCGACUUCGACGUGUGGGAAGACGACGAGCAUCGGGAGCCCCUCACGGGCGUCGACGAAGACCGGACGUGCGCCAUUGGGGCGGUGAACCUGGCCCGGUUGACAAACACGCCCUCGAUCCUCCCGCUCGCGCUAUACCUGUGCGCCCGGCUCGGGGGAGACGUUCUCAAGGGAUGGACGCACAACGGCACGACGGAGCACCUCCCCCAGGAAGACCUGGAGCGGUGCAUCAACGCGCGGGCGCGGCUGACGAGCGAGAACACGGCCGGGGUCAGCCGGGCGCUGUCGUUCGGCGGCUGGCUGUGCGCGGGCAUGUGCCAGGCCGUGCUCCGGCAUGUGCAUACACAGGUGCUUGCGGAGCAGGUGGAAGAUCGGAAGUGGACCUGCGACGCUCUCGGUGCGCGCGAUCGGGAUCGCGGGAGGGCGGUGGAGGACGCGCUUGCUCCGGCGGGGCGGCAUCUCUGCGGGAGGUGCCAGUGGAAGGUGCGGACUUGGCAUGAGGUGUACCGCAGGCAUGUGUGGAGGACGCUUCCGGAGAUAUUCGAGGUUGAGGUGGAAGGAUGGGGGGUGGAAGAGGAUAUGGAGGUGGAUGAUGAAGACGAGGCGGUGGGUGCGGGUUCGGCGAGCGAAGACGAAGAAGAGAUGGAUGGAGACGAGACCGAGGAAUCGUCGUCAUCGUCUUCCUCCUCGGACAACAUGAUUUGA